CCAGACCCGCCCCGCACGGCCAGGCAAAGCGGAGCCGGCCGUGCGGUGUGUGGAGUGUGGUGUGUGUGUGGUGUGUGUGUGUGCGCGCGUGUGUGUGUGUAUGUGUUCGCGGGGCCCCGUCUCAGCCCCGGGAAGAUGGUGGCGGCGGCGGCGGCGACUGAGGCGAGGCUGAGGAGGAAGACGGCGGCGACGGCGGUGCCCGCGGACAGGAAGGGCGGGCGGCCCCGAGACGGGAACGUGACUGGGGCUGAGAGGCCGGGACUGGGGACCGGGCUGCGUCUCCCGCGGCUGCUGCUGCUCUCGCCGCUGUUGCUGCUGUUGUCCUGGGAGGCCGAGGCCGCGGCCGCGGCGGCCGUGAUAUCGGGCUCAGCCGCGGCCGAGGCCAAGGAAUGUGACCGGCCCUGUGUCAACGGCGGCCGCUGCAACCCUGGCACCGGCCAGUGCGUCUGUCCCGCCGGCUGGGUGGGCGAGCAAUGCCAACACUGCGGGGGCCGCUUCAGACUAACUGGAUCUUCUGGGUUUGUAACAGAUGGACCUGGAAACUAUAAAUAUAAAACGAAGUGCACAUGGCUCAUUGAAGGACAGCCAAAUAGAAUAAUGAGACUUCGUUUUAAUCAUUUUGCUACAGAGUGUAGUUGGGACCAUUUGUAUGUUUAUGAUGGGGACUCAAUUUAUGCACCACUAAUUGCUGCCUUUAGUGGCCUCAUUGUUCCUGAGAGAGAUGGUAAUGAGACUGUCCCUGAGGUUGUUGCCACAUCAGGUUAUGCCCUUCUGCAUUUUUUUAGUGAUGCUGCUUAUAAUUUGACUGGAUUUAAUAUCACUUACAAUUUUGACAUGUGUCCAAAUAACUGCUCAGGCCGAGGAGAAUGUAAGAUUAGUAACAGCAGCAACACCGUUGAGUGUGAGUGUUCUGAAAACUGGAAAGGUGAAUCAUGUGACAUUCCUCACUGUACAAACAACUGUGGUUUUCCUCAUCAAGGCGUUUGCAAUUCAAGUAAUGUUAGAGGAUGUUCCUGCUUCUCCGAAUGGCAGGGUCCUGGAUGUUCAAUUCCUGUGCCAGCUAACCAGUCUUUUUGGACUCGAGAGGAAUAUUCUCAUUUAAAGCUUCCCAGAGCCUCUCAUAAAGCUGUGGUCAAUGGAAAUAUCAUGUGGAUUGUUGGAGGAUAUAUGUUCAACCACUCAGAUUGCAGCAUGGUUUUAGCGUAUGACCUUACCUCUAGGGAAUGGCUUCCACUGAACCGUUCUGUGAACAAUGUGGUUGUUAGAUAUGGUCAUUCUUUGGCAUUGCAUAAGGAUAAAAUUUACAUGUAUGGAGGAAAAAUUGACUCAACGGGAAAUGUGACCAAUGAGUUAAGAGUGUUUCAUAUCCAUAAUGAAUCAUGGGUAUUGUUGACCCCAAAGGCAAAGGAGCAGUAUGCAGUAGUUGGGCACUCAGCACACAUUGUUACCCUCCAAAGUGGCCGAGUGGUCAUGCUGGUCAUCUUUGGCCACUGCCCACUCUAUGGAUAUAUAAGCAGUGUGCAAGAAUAUGACUUGGAUAAGAACACAUGGAAUAUAUUACAGACCCAAGGUGCCCUUGUGCAAGGAGGCUAUGGCCAUAGCAGUGUUUAUGAUCCCCAAACCAAGGCCCUCUAUGUUCAUGGUGGCUACAAGGCUUUUAGCGCCAAUAAAUACCGGCUUGCAGAUGACCUCUAUAGAUACGAUGUGGACACCCGGAUGUGGACCAUUCUUAAGGACAGCCGAUUUUUCCGUUACUUGCACACAGCUGUGAUAGUGAGUGGAACCAUGCUGGUAUUUGGAGGAAACACACACAAUGACACAUCUAUGAGCCAUGGAGCGAAAUGCUUCUCUUCAGAUUUCAUGGCUUAUGACAUUGCUUGUGAUCGGUGGUCAGUGCUUCCCAGACCUGAUCUCCACCAUGAUGUCAAUAGAUUUGGCCAUACAGCAGUCUUACACAACAGCACCAUGUAUGUGUUUGGUGGUUUCAACAGUCUUCUCCUCAGUGAUAUCUUAGUGUUCACCUCGGAGCAGUGUGAAGCACAUCGAAGUGAGGCUGCUUGCAUAGCAGCAGGACCUGGUGUUCGGUGUGUGUGGGACACAGGGUCAGCUCAGUGUAUCUCCUGGGAGUUCACAACUGAAGAACAAGCACAAAAGUUAAAAUCAGAAUGUUUUUCCAAAAGAACUUUUGAGCAUGACAGAUGUGACCAACACACAGACUGUUACAGCUGCACAGCCAACACCAAUGACUGCCACUGGUGCAAUGACCAUUGUGUCCCUAUGAACCACAGCUGCGCAGAAGGCCAGAUCUCCAUUUCCAAAUAUGAGAAGUGCCCCAAGGAUAACCCCAUGUACUACUGUAACAAGAAGACCAGCUGCAGGAGCUGUGCUCUGGACCAGAACUGCCAGUGGGAACCUCGGAAUCAAGAGUGCAUUGCCUUGCCUGAAAACAUCUGUGGCAUUGGCUGGCAUUUGGUUGGAAAUUCAUGUUUGAAAAUUACAACUGCCAAAGAGAAUUACGACAAUGCUAAAUUGUUCUGUAGGAAUCACAAUGCCUUUCUGGCUUCCCUCACAACCCAGAAGAAGGUGGAAUUUGUCCUUAAACAACUACGAAUAAUGCAGUCAUCACAGAGCAUGUCCAAGCUCACCUUAACUCCAUGGGUUGGCCUUCGGAAGAUCAAUGUAUCCUACUGGUGCUGGGAAGAUAUGUCUCCAUUUACAAAUAGUUUACUGCAGUGGAUGCCAUCUGAGCCCAGCGAUGCUGGCUUCUGUGGAAUCUUGUCAGAGCCUAGUACUCGGGGAUUGAAGGCUGCAACCUGUAUCAACCCACUCAAUGGCAGCGUCUGUGAAAGGCCUGCCAACCACAGUGCCAAGCAGUGCCGAACGCCAUGUGCCCUGCGGACAGCAUGUGGAGAAUGCACCAGCAGCAGCUCCGAGUGCAUGUGGUGUAGCAACAUGAAGCAAUGUGUGGACUCCAAUGCCUACGUGGCUUCCUUCCCUUUCGGCCAGUGUAUGGAGUGGUAUACAAUGAGCAGCUGCCCUCCUGAAAAUUGUUCAGGCUAUUGUACUUGCAGUCAUUGCUUAGAGCAGCCAGGCUGUGGCUGGUGUACUGAUCCUAGCAAUACUGGGAAAGGGAAGUGCAUCGAAGGCUCUUAUAAAGGACCAGUAAAGAUACCUUCACAGGCCUCUAGUGGAAAUGCCUAUCCACAGCCCCUUCUGAAUUCCAGCAUGUGUCUAGAGGACAGCAGAUACAACUGGUCUUUCAUCCAUUGUCCAGCUUGCCAGUGUAAUGGCCAUAGCAAAUGCAUCAACCAGAGUAUCUGUGAGAAGUGUGAGAACCUGACCACGGGCAAGCACUGUGAGACCUGCAUAUCUGGCUUCUAUGGUGAUCCUACCAAUGGAGGCAAAUGUCAACCAUGCAAGUGCAAUGGGCAUGCAUCACUGUGUAACACCAACACGGGCAAGUGCUUCUGCACCACCAAGGGUGUCAAGGGGGAUGAAUGCCAGCUAUGUGAAGUAGAAAAUCGAUACCAAGGAAACCCUCUCAAAGGAACAUGUUAUUAUACACUUCUUAUUGACUAUCAGUUCACUUUUAGCCUGUCCCAGGAAGAUGACCGUUAUUACACAGCCAUCAAUUUUGUGGCUACUCCUGAUGAACAAAACAGGGAUUUGGACAUGUUCAUCAAUGCCUCCAAAAACUUCAACCUUAACAUCACCUGGGCUGCCAGCUUCUCAGCUGGAACCCAGGCUGGAGAAGAGAUGCCUGUUGUUUCAAAAACCAACAUUAAGGAGUACAAAGAUAGCUUCUCUAAUGAGAAGUUUGAUUUUCGCAACCAUCCAAACAUUACUUUCUUCGUUUAUGUCAGUAAUUUCACUUGGCCCAUCAAAAUUCAGAUUGCUUUCUCCCAGCAUAGCAAUUUUAUGGACCUGGUACAGUUCUUCGUGACUUUCUUCAGUUGUUUCCUCUCUUUGCUGCUGGUGGCUGCUGUGGUUUGGAAGAUCAAGCAAAGUUGUUGGGCCUCCAGGCGUAGAGAGCAACUUCUUCGAGAGAUGCAGCAGAUGGCUAGUCGCCCCUUUGCCUCAGUAAACGUUGCCUUGGAAACAGAUGAAGAGCCUCCUGAUCUUAUCGGGGGGAGUAUAAAGACUGUUCCCAAACCCAUUGCCCUGGAACCAUGUUUUGGCAACAAAGCUGCCGUCCUCUCUGUGUUUGUGAGGCUCCCUCGAGGCCUGGGUGGAAUCCCUCCCCCUGGACAGUCAGGUCUUGCCGUAGCCAGCGCCCUGGUGGACAUUUCUCAGCAGAUGCCAAUAGUGUACAAGGAGAAGUCAGGAGCAGUGAGAAACCGGAAGCAGCAGCCUCCUGCACAGCCUGGAACCUGCAUCUGAUGCUGAGGCCCAGGACGCUAUGCACGCAGGAGGGUGUGGCCCAGCUGCAGGGGAGGGCGCAGGCAGGGAAGUGGUUGUGCAGUGUGGGGCAGAAGACUGGAAACCCUUGAAGCAUCCAACUCAUCUGCAUGAUCGCAAGCUUUCUUUGACGGUUUCUCCCAUCUAUGUUGAGCAUCUAACCUUUUACUUUUGCAUAGGAAACAAUAGAUGUAAUUACCUGUCCAGGAAUGAUCUGCUUGUUGCUGGAGGAGGCCAGUGUAAAGCCAGUGAGAGAGCUAGGAAUGACACCCAGCUUCUUCCCUGUGGGAACUCUUCUUGGGACUGUUUCAACUGCAAAAAACGAAAGACAGUGUUUACAAGUAAACCAUCGUCGCCGCCAAUUCUUCAACACGGUCUUUCAAACACUAGUCAGAUGAAAUGACUUGUUUUCAUCUGAAGCCUGCUAUCUUUUUAAAAGAUGCACUGUUUACUCACUCAAUUUCCCACAGAUAUCGUUUCCAAGAAGUAGCUUUUUUUUUCUAGUUGACCAUUAAUAAUGGUCCGUCUCUUUUAAAUCAUAUCAAACUAGGACAGAAGGGGGCUAUUUUAAAUGUCAAAGUCAGCAGUGUUACUUAGAGUGUAAAUGGAUGUAAUAGUUUUCUAUAGCAACUUGAUUAAUUUAGUCUUAGUCCAUUUGAAAUUUUCUCUUUCACUCUUUCCCUCUCUUACACACACACACACACACACACACACACACACACACACACACACACUAAGUGCCUAGACUUUAAAUAGAUCUAGCAAUUGGAAAGUUAGUGAGCCUAAGUUUUUACAUAAUUGCAUUCCUACAUUCUUGUAAGAUUUAAAUAGCUAUCAUUGGCAAUCUGCUCUUUUUCUAAAAUCUAAUUUGCAGCCAGGAAAGAAUUUUCUCACCCAAGGAACAUUUGACCUAACAGCUGGGACUAAGGAAAACAGAACUAACUGUGAAAGCUCCUGUUUUCAUUGUUCUCAAAAAAGGACAGUCAAGAGGAUAUGUAUGUGCCACCUGCCCCCUCCAGUGUUGUUCUGCCCUGACGUUUGGUCAGCCUUCUGCCUCCUCAUGACUGGGCAGCACAGAAGAAGAGAGUCACUUCAUGUCAUGUCUCCUUUAAGCAGAGAAGAGUACUGAGUGCACUUGGGACACCUGGGCCAAAGGGCAGCUCACUCGGAAUCUGUGGCUCAUCCUCAGGUUGAGGGUGAAUAGACACAAGGAGAGGGACAGGCCUUUUCUGUGGUGUAGCUCCUGCUCAGGGCCUGAAGGAGGACCUGGAGCUGUCUGCUCUUUCUUCCACAGGCUUGGCCUGGCCCACCCAUCCUCCUCACAGAUCAGGCUGGUGGUCGUGAAGAGGGCAGUGAAUGCUGAACAGGCUGAAAAGCACAUGAGAAAAAAUGGACAAGGAGGGGACACUCUGCCAAAUGGAAAACGACCAAAUUUUAGAGGAGUGGGGCAGUCCCUACUCUUCUCCCACAGGGCCCUGACUGAAUGUUGCGUUUCCCCAUUUAUGGUGCUCUGUAUUCCGGCAUUAUGCAGCCUCCCGCAAGCUCUCUUCUGCUUCAAGACCUCCAACUCUCUAGCAUGACCCGAUUGGGUUUGGCCUCUGGACAGCAUUGCUCAAGUUUGUGAAUUUGGAGAAAUUAACACUCAAAAGAGCAAAAACUGCGGCAUUUCACCUUUCAAUGCAGUGCCUAGAGAGGGAGUUUUUUUUUUUUCUAACCCAACACUAACCCCGCUCCCAUGAAGAAGCUCUUGGGAAGAUGUUUCCAAGGAAGUUGAACCAUAAAACACUGAUGCACAAAACACCUCUACUGUGAGACUCACCUCUCAAAAAGCUUCUGUUUCAUGUCAUUGGCAAAGAGCGGACAGUUCUAGAAAAGGCCCUGAAUUAGGAGCUCCCUACAAUGCCCCCACCCCACCCCUGCCUCCUGCCCUUGAACAAGGCUGCAGUGUAUCUGUGGUAGCCUGGCCCAUCUCCCCUAUAACUAGCUACCAGGAGACCUCUUGGUGAAAAAAGAGAGAAUCCACUAGGGCUCGUCCCCCUACUAGGAAGAUUCCUCCUGGUUGGUUCAAAGGACCAAAUUUCUUUGGCCAAAGAAGUUUCUUCACCACAUUAGUCCCAUGCUUUGAAAUAAGAUGCACCAUGACCCCAGCCUCCUGAUGAUGUCUUUCCCCACCCCCCAAAAAAAGAUGUUUAUUUUUAAAAAGGAAGAAGCAAAUGAAGUUUAAUUUUGCUCUAGCCAUGGAGAAACAGCUGAGUCUACCUGCUUCUGUGCAGCCAACAGCAAGCAGAACAGCUUCCUCCUGGCUUGGGCAGAAGGGGAGUGGCAGGCAGCAAAGAGUUUCUCAGCUCAGAGCCAGGAACCAAGAGGGAGUGGGUUGUCACUUGGUACCUUCGCCUGUCACAGGAGAGCCUGUACAUAAAAUAGUCAUGAAAACAUUGAUCUUGCACUUGUACAUAACUAUACAGUAGUGUCCAGAAUGUUCAGACAUUCAGAGUGUACAUAAAACAGAACAAAUAUCAUAAUGGUUUGUGUGUGUGUGUGUGUGUGUGUGCUGGGCCUGGGCUUGAACUUAGGGCCUGGGCACUGUCCCUGAGCUUUUUUAAAGCUCAAGGUUAGGGCUCUACCACUUGAGCCACAGCUC